CCUCUCCCCUCUCCCUCUAUGUGUCUCUGUUGUAGGACUGGCUAUGGCCACCACUACUUCCGGGUUCCGUCAUUUCAUUCUCCCGCCGAUCAGCGCUGCAAAACUGAGCCUCUUCUAUAAGCCAGCCAGCAGCCAACCUGCCAACACUUACUGACACUCACUCAUCUCAGAGAGGGAGAGAGAGAGAGAGAGAGAGAGAGAGAGGGAGAGGGAGAGGGAGACAAAAUAUCUACCAGGAAAAAAAAAGGGAGAGGGGGAAGUCCGGGUUUUGCAAACUAUUCAAUUUUUCUUCGCAUCUCCCCACCCCCCCCUUCCCAGUACUUAAAAAAACCCUAUAGCGAUCCUAAAAGGCAAAACCCAAGCGCGGAGUUACUGGAAGAAGAAACCCGGGUUAAAAAGAUUCCUCCUCUCUUCUUCAUCAUCAUCAACCAUCAUUCAUUCACUACCUUGACAUUCCCUGGCUUUGAUUGACAGCUGGAGUGGCAAAAAGCCAUGAGACACGACAGUUUGGUUACAUGUGGGUUGCUGACGGGCCGAUCGUAACCUUCAGUUUGGGGGCUUGACAAUUUUUUUUUUUUUUUUUUUUUGCGUAGAGAAAGAAAAAAGGAAAAAGAGAGAGAGAAAGAGGAAAAAAGGAAAGAGAGAAAGAGAGAAAAAAAGAAGAAAAACACAGAAACUCAUCGUGGCUCUUGACUGAUUUUUUUUAUUAUUAUUAUUAUUAUUUACCUAUACUGGAGAAUAGGAGAAGUCUCUAAGUGGGUUUCAAAAAAAAAAAAAAAAAAAAAAAGAAGGAAUCUUCUUCACUCUAAAUCACUUUCUUUGCUGGACUGGGAUAUUAAAUAUACGACACAUCCAGGAGUUUAUUGGAGCGCAGACUGAUGGCGCAAAGGUACGAUGAGCUGCCCCAUUACGGCGGGAUGGACGGAGUAGGGGUGCCAGCUUCCAUGUACGGAGACCCUCACGCCCCCCGGCCGAUCCCCCCAGUUCACCACCUGAACCACGGGCCGCCGCUACACGCCAGCCAGCACUAUGGAGCCCACGCCCCGCACCCCAAUGUCAUGCCGGCCAGCAUGGGAUCCGCUGUCAACGACGCCUUGAAGCGGGACAAGGAUGCGAUCUACGGGCACCCGUUGUUCCCCCUGUUAGCUCUGGUCUUUGAGAAGUGCGAGCUGGCGACCUGCACUCCCCGGGAGCCUGGUGUGGCCGGCGGGGAUGUUUGCUCCUCGGACUCCUUCAACGAGGACAUCGCCGUGUUCGCCAAACAGGUCCGCGCUGAAAAGCCACUUUUUUCUUCAAACCCCGAGUUGGACAAUUUGAUGAUCCAAGCAAUACAAGUCCUACGGUUUCAUCUUUUGGAGUUAGAAAAGGUCCACGAGUUGUGCGACAACUUCUGCCAUCGGUACAUUAGUUGUUUGAAAGGAAAAAUGCCAAUAGAUCUAGUUAUUGACGAAAGGGAUGGCAGCUCCAAGUCUGACCACGAAGAGCUCUCAGGAUCUUCCACAAAUUUAGCCGACCAUAACCCUUCAUCUUGGCGAGACCACGAUGAUGCAACCUCAACGCACUCAGCAGGCACACCGGGGCCCUCCAGUGGGGGCCAUGCUUCCCAGAGUGGAGACAACAGCAGUGAGCAAGACUGCCAGCCAAAUGAACACUUUAGGAGGAGGUGCAAAUAUAUGUCUGCAGCACCCAGAGAGUUAAUCCACCCCAUUGUGCAUAAGUGUUGGAGCUCUUAUGGAGAUGGUUUAGACAACAGUGUAGCCUCACCUGGUACAGGGGAUGAUGACGACCCAGACAAGGACAAAAAACGUCAGAAGAAAAGAGGCAUUUUCCCCAAAGUAGCAACAAAUAUCAUGAGAGCAUGGCUUUUCCAGCAUCUCACACAUCCAUAUCCUUCAGAGGAGCAGAAGAAACAGUUAGCCCAAGACACAGGACUCACAAUUCUACAAGUAAACAACUGGUUUAUUAAUGCCAGAAGAAGAAUAGUACAGCCUAUGAUUGACCAGUCAAAUCGAGCAGGUUUUCUUCUUGAUCCUUCAGUGAGCCAAGGAGCAGCAUAUAGUCCAGAGGGUCAGCCAAUGGGAAGCUUUGUAUUGGAUGGUCAGCAACACAUGGGAAUCCGGCCCGCAGGACCUAUGAGUGGAAUGGGCAUGAAUAUGGGCAUGGAUGGGCAAUGGCACUACAUGUAACCUUCAUCUUGUAAACCAAUCGCAAAGCAAGGGGGAAGUUUGCAAGGCAUGCCAGGGGACUACGUAUCUCAGGGUGGUCCUAUGGGUAUGAGUAUGGCACAGCCAAGUUACACUCCUCCCCAGAUGACCC